AAGUGAGUAAUUUUCAUAAAUAAUCAAAAUUUUUAGAUAUUUUUAUAAAAAGCCAAGAACCCCAAUGAAACGAGUUGAUCUGAAGAUGUGAAGUUCAAAUCGGAUCCAUAAACUAAUUUCUGUAUUGGAUUUAAUUUUGGUUUAGAAAAACAAAAUGCUGAAUAUAAUUUUAUUUUAACUGAAUCAAAUCAACUUGUCCACUAAAAGAAUUUCAUGAACAAUAAGGUAAGAUCCUUGGCAGAUUCUGUGUUUAAAUGCCUCUUCUCGUUUUUGGAUAAGCAAUUCCCUUUCUUCUCUCCCCUAAACAUCCCUCGCCAACUUUUCGCUUUUUUGUUUCGUCUUCUGCCAUUCAAACAUUUUUGGCGCAAAAAAGACAUGACAGUCGGUGCAUUUGAGGAAGACAUUUGCACCCCGAUCAAGGUCUCGCCACCGCCGGAUGUAGGAGGCGAUAGCGCCACCGACGGGGAAGAGCUAUUCGUGCCCCCUUUGAAUUUCGCCAUGGUCGAUGAUGGCGUUUUCAGGUCUGGUUUCCCUGAUUCCGCCAAUUUUAGCUUCCUCAGAUCUCUUGGGCUCCGCUCAAUCAUAUAUCUGUGCCCCGAGCCUUAUCCAGAGACCAAUAACGAGUUUUUGAAGGUUAAUGGAAUCCGGCUUUUCCAAUUUAAUAUCGAAAGAUGCAAGGAACCCUUUGUGAACAUUCCAGAGGAAACAAUCCGGGAAGCAUUGAAUAUGUAAAUAACCACCCACUACUAAUCCAUUGCAGACGAGGAAAGCAACAUGAUGCCAUGCAGCACCGUACCGGUUGUCUUGUGGGAUGCUUAAGAAAAAUGCAGAGAUGGUACCUCUCGUCCAUUUUUGACGAAUACCAGCGGUUCGCCGGUGCCAAAGCAAGAGUGUCUGACCAAAGGUUCAUUGAGAGGUUCGAUGUUUCAUCUUCAAAGAGAUAGCAUAGCCAAACCAACCGGUUUAAACAACUUGAUAUAUAUGUAUGCCUUUUUUACGAUACUUUUUGAAGCAUGCCAUGGAUGGAUUAACUUUCUUUAAUAAAAGAAUUUUCAACGGAUUCAAAAACAAAAAUUGAAGAAAAACCCAGAGAGGAAGAAAAGGAAAAAAGGGAUUAAAACUUAAAAAAGGAAGUGUGGACGAGCAACAAUCAGACCGUCAAUGGAGGAAAAAUGACGACUGAAACGAUAUCUCGGCCAUUGAUUUUUAUAUACCUCAACGUUCUUCGUUAUGAACAGACAGACCUCGUAUACUGCCUCCUCACACUUUUUAACCGAACAGAGGUUU